GCCGAACGUAUCAUAACAAUAUAGAUGCGCUAAAUAAACUUAUGUGACUAAACAAAUCCUUCAGAAUUCCAAAUUGCAUAUUUCAACAAAUAAAUUUCAUUGUUUUCUUUUUUCAGAAAGAUAUUUUUCGGUUGAAAUUUUAACAAACAACUGAUUGUCAACAAAAUGCAGACUAUUCACAAAAUGGAUGGAUUUACUGAAAUCUAUUUCAUGAUUGAUAAAAGAAAAAAAGGCUGGAUUACGAUGCCAGAGUUACGAAAGUAUAUGGACGAGAAUGAUGUGGAAGAAACAAUGUAUGAACGUUGGAAAAGUCUAUUCGAUCCUGAAUCCACUGGUCGUAUAACAUUGAAAAAAUUCUGUGAAGUAUUAGGUUUACAAGAAGAAGUUAUAACUAUUCAAACUGCAAUUAAAGGAGAUGAAAUGCAGGAUGUACGCGUUAUUCAAUCGGAUAUGGCUACAAAAAUGAAAUUGACCAUAUGUGGAUUGAUUGAUGAAGGAAUAUUAAUUUAUCAUGAUGAUAUGAAAUUGACUGAAUUCCUAAAAAACGAAUUGGAUAAAACUUUUGGAAAGUUAUGGAAUAUAAUCAUCAUCUAUGGUCGAUACUGGUCGCGUUAUUGUCAUGAAACUAGCUAUAAUUUCUGUUUCAUUAAAGAUGACCGUAUAUUUCUGAUAUACAGGAUUCCGGAUAUAUAAAAAGAAAAUAAAAUAUUUCUAAUAUACCUGAUCCGUAAAAACAUUUCUCUAAAAAUUCUACAGUAAAAAACCAUAGAAAAAGGAAGAUUUCUCUUUUUGUUUGCUAAUAUUUUACAUGUGAAUUUCAACUCAGCUUGAUAUAUAAUUUUGUCGAAUUCUUUCAUUUCAUGAUAACCAGUAAGUAAAUACAUAAGG